GAAAAGAUUAGAGCAACGGUAUGCUAUCCUCUUGGGAAGAUCGGUGAACAAGCAGGAAAGAGCCAGGUGAUUGAUCGUUUGCUGGUGGCACUAGUUGAUCCGGAUGACCAGGUUCGUUGGAGUACAUCUCGUGCUCUUGGAGCGAUGGGUGAAAAAGCAGCAACGAAUCAGGUGACUGAUGGGUUGGUGGUGGCACUAGGUGAUCAGAAUGGGUGCGUUCGAAUGAAUGCAUGUAGUGCUCUUGGAGCCAUGGGCGAAAAAGCAGCAACGAGUCAGGUGAUUGAUGCGUUGGUGGUGGCACUAGGUGAUCAGAAUGAGUGGGCUCGAACGAAUGUAUGUUGUGCUCUUGGAAAGAUGGGCAAAAAAGCAUCAUCGAGCCAGGUGAUUGAUCGCUUGAUGGUGACCCUUGGCGAUCAGAAGGUGGUUGUUCGACGGAGUGCAUGCAGUGCUCUUGAGAAGAUGGGGGGAAAAGCAGCAACGAGGCAGGUGAUUGGUCGGUUGGUGGUGGCACUGAGUGAUCUGGAUGAGGAGGUUCGAAGGAGUGCAUGUGGUGCUCUUGAGAAGAUGAGCGAAGAAGCAGGAACGAGCCAGGUGAUUGAUCGGUUGGUGGUGGCACUUGGUGGUCUCGCUGAAGGUAUUCCAAGUACCGAUCUGAACGACGCGAGUACGCUUCUUAGAUUGUUGUCGUAUGCCCUGCAGUGGCUUGCUGAUGCCGACGCGAGAGAGGCUGAGUUGAUGCAGAAAUUGAGUUUUUCUGAUGGGAUUGAUGGAGUGUCCUUGAAGCUUUUUCAGUUACUGGUUAAUACGCAUGAUUGGCGUUGGGUUGCCAUAUUCGUAGAGUAUUGUCUAAUGUAG